AUCAUUACCUUAUCCACUUUGCUGGAUGCCUCACCUUGGCACCUUUUAGUCUAGACUAGAGCUUGGAAGAAUUUGCAUGCCAUCAAGAUGGGAAGGGUGGGUAUUGAAGAUAAAAGGGCAACAGAGAAGGAAAAAGAGGCGGGUGGAAUAGAAAGAGAGGGAAAUCUUGUAUCAACUUCCUGAGCCGAGAAAAUGUCUGCCGACUUCCCACUGAACAAGUACAAAGCUGGCGGCGGUCACCCCAGCGCGGUGCGCAGCGGGAUUCAGGAAAAACUUGACGAGUCGGUGUACAGUCAUAUUGCGCGGCUCUUCAACAAAUAUGCCAAUGCCAACGACAUGUGGUCGCGGGACCAGCUUGGGAUCUUCAUGGAGCACACGCAGCAUGAAGACCCCAACGGCAUCUCCUCGCACCUCACCGACAAGGCAGGCAUGAGCCUCCGCGAGCUGCUGGACUACGUGGCCUCCCCCAGCGGCAACGCGCUCGAGAUGGCCGCGCCGCAAGACCUGAGCCUCCCGCUCAGCGACUACUUCAUCUCGUCCAGCCACAACACCUACCUGACGGGCAACCAGCUGUCGAGCGACUCGAGCGUCGACGCGUACAAGGACGUGCUCCUCCGCGGGUGCCGCUGCAUCGAGAUUGACGUCUGGGACGGCGAGGAGCGCUUCCUGGCUGGGUUCUCCUCGGACGACGCCGAGAAUGAGAGGUACCGGGCGGCCAGGGAGGCGGGCGAGGAGGAGACAAAGCCCGGCCCCACGUACAAGGUCACCUUCAAGGACAAGAUGAUAAUCAAGGCCGCGCGCUGGGCCAUGAACAAGUUUGAUCCGGUGGACCCCGAGGGCCGCACCAUCGAUGACCGCAUCGCCGACAUGAUGCGCGGCGAGCCCCGGGUCCUGCACGGCUUCACCCUCACCAAGGAGGUCCUGUUCCGCGACGUGUGCAGGGUCGUCAAGGAGUACGCCUUUGCCGUCUCGGACCUGCCGCUCAUCGUCAGCCUCGAGGUCCACUGCUCGCCGCUGCAGCAGAACGCCAUGUGCGACAUCAUGGAGGAGGCCUGGGAAGAGUUUCUCCUCCCCACGCCCGAGGAGGAUCCAACCUCGCUCCCGUCGCCCGCCGACCUGCGCCGAAAGAUCCUCAUCAAGGUCAAGUACGUUGCCGAAAACAAAAAGGACGACGGCAGCAGCAUAGUGUCCGGUACGGAAAACGGCCAAGGCGAAGACGACGACAGCAUCCUCGACGUGGUCGACCAAAAGGACGGAAGCAAAAAGGCCCAGCGCGUCAAGGCGCCCAAGAUCACGCCCCGGCUGAGCAGGAUGGGUGUCUACACGCGCGGCGUCAGCUUCAAGUCGCUGUCGCAGGCCGAGGCCACCAUGCCGAACCACAUCUUUUCUCUGUCGGAAAAGGUAGCCUUUGACACGCAGCGACGGGAGCCGGGCGCCUUUUUCGAGCACAACAGGAACUAUCUCAUGCGGCUGUACCCGCACGGCAUGCGUUUCGACUCGUCCAACUUCGACCCCGUCAUCUUCUGGCGUGCCGGGGCGCAGGUGGUGGCGCUCAACUGGCAGUCGUGGGACUCGGGCAUGAUGCUCAACGAGGGCAUGUUUGCGGGCUCGGACGGCUACGUCGUCAAGCCCGAGGGGUACAGAAGCAGCGACUCCAAGGACCGCGCCCUGCAGAGCAGGACCCUGGACAAGGUCUCCAUCACCGUGCUGGCGGGGCAGAACCUGCCGUUACUGGGCGGCAAGGGCGACGCCUCAUCCUUCAUCCCCUACGUCAAGGUCGGGCUGCACACGGAACCGGACCCUCUGGCCGCCAUGGUGGGCGAGGACGCGACGCCUCUGGACGUCAGGCAGGUUGGGUACAGCGGUACCACUAUAAAGAGCACGGGCACCAGUCCGGAUUUCGGCGGCGACAUUAUCGAGUUCUUGAACGUCGAGGGCGUGGUGCCCGAGCUGACGUUUCUUUCAUUUGUGGUUAUGAACGACGUCGUGGGGCCCGACGUGGUUGCUGCAUGGGCUUGUAUCCGCCUGGACAGGUUGCGUGCCGGAUACCGUUUUGUUCGUCUAUUUGACAAGGACGGCAUGCCAUCCAAAGGAAUACUUUUGGUCAAGACUGAGAUUACUGAGGCAGACUCGGCUGACUAGCAUAUUAGGUAAUUGUGUGGGAUCUUGAUGAAGCGCAGGUUCUUUGAUGAUAGCAUGACCGGCCUUGAAUUUGAGUACUAGAACUAGACAGAAUCCUCCUUUCUGAC